AUGCUGCGGUGUUGCCGUUGGUAUCUUCUGGUCGGGCUUGGAUUGGGCAUUGCCGCAACGGGACUAAUAUUUCUCCUGGCUUGGCGGAAUAUUUUUGACAUACUUGUUACUGAGGAGAAAUCUCUAUUGCCUGGAACGGCAUUCUACAAGGAAUGGCGUCGUCCAGCGGUACAUCCCACCUGGCAGCUCUACGUGUUCAACUGGACCAACGCAGACGCCGUCCUGAGUCAUCCCCAACAGCAGUCUUCUGCCCAAUUUCAACAGCUGGGCCCGUUCACGUACGAUGAGCACUCCGAAAUUGUAGACGCCAAGUUUCACUCGAUCAACGGUACGCUUACGUAUCGCAAACGGACGUUUUUCAAACCAUACUCCAGAAAUGAACAAAGCAUCCCCACCAAAACCCUAGAGAUUACCAGCGUUAACUUCCUGGCCCUUAUCGUUUCUCAUCUUGCUCGCGAUAAGGACUACGCCGUGCAGCGGGAGCUGUCUUACCUUCUGCACAGCUUCAACCAGGGUGUUACCAUUACCAAACCGAUCGGACAGCUGCUGUUCACCGGAUUUCGGGAACCAAUACUGGAGGAGAUACGGAAGGUUGUGUGCAGGGAAAAGGACACCGGUAUGCCGUGUCAGGAUGAUCGAUUGGCUUACUUCCGCACGUUUAACGUCAGUCGGCGUGCUAGUGACAUCUACAGUCUUGAUAUCGGAGCUCAGGAUCGAUCCCUUUAUGGUAGAGUGUUGAUAGGAGGGCUUGGAAUGCAACGAUUUGGCAAAAACGAACAUACUGCGUGUGAUGACUCCGAGAGGGUUCUUACUGGUGAACUGUUUCCAUCUCGACUCGACCUAAAUGAGCCUAUUAACGUAGUACUGCCGGAGCUUUGCCGCAGAUUGACUCUUACCUUUAACCGAGAGGUGCUUGUGGACAAUAUACCAGGAUAUUUGUACACUGUGAGCUUUGUUAAACAGGAGAAUUCGGAGGAAUGCCCUAUCAAGACCACUCGCUCUGGACGGUACGGAAUUCUGAAUAACCACGAGUGCUACCAGCUACCGAUGUAUGAGUCGGAAGCGGAAAUCGCAGGUGCAGGAAGCGGAAAUGAUUACUUCGUGAUAGAACCUACUACGGGAACGGUGCUGGAAUCACACAUCGGUUUAACGUACCACACGCACCUCAAACCAAAUCCGCACAUCGCCCUCUUCCAGGACGUUCCGGAGUUUCGAGUGCCGCUUUUUCGCUUUACUCGCACGUACCGCCUGAACGAGUCCAAGGCAUUGAAGCUGAAACAGUUACUUCAUCUCAUGCAGCUCGGAUACCAGGUGGCUCUUGCUGGUUGUGUCCUGGGAGCUGCGAUAGUUGUGCUCACGGUUCUGUAUGCCGGUUGGAAUGGACACCGAGGAAGACAUGCUAGGAAAUUGAACGCCGAUUAUAGCAUCGUCGGGACACAGCUGAGCAGCAUUGGCAGGGAUGGGCAUUUGUUAAAGUAG